AGACAGUGAUAGACGUGCAGUCCUACCAGAGUGAGCACUAUUCUCUGAGAAGCCUCCCUUCAGAAGGAGAGAAACAAGGAACCAGAGGAAGAGGUCCUGCUCACAAGGCCUAGGGACUAAAUUGAUAUGUUUUUUGGUCUCUCGCGUCCUACUUUAGGACACAUCCGCUGCUUGCAGACGUCCGCCGUACAGACUGUGACCCAAAGUGCUCACGAUCUCGUAGUGCCGCGGGUGGCUGUUUUUCUGGGUGCAUUGGGAAUUGCGAUGUCUGGAUACAGCUCUCGCCAGCUCGCUGUUCACCACCGUCCUUCCACACGCAUCCUGCACUGGAUGUCCAAACCUGCCAUUAAUGUCGAUAGCCCUGGUUCCCCAGGUCGAGCCCGUCUGGAUUCAGCCAAGACUUCAAUGGCAUCCGUCAAAAAAGAUGAACAGGAUCAACCAAUCAAAAGCACAGUUGACACCGAGCAACCUGUGAAGGCAUCACCUGACAUAUGAAAACAAACAAAAAAAAAACCUUCAGCCAUACAAGGGACUUGUGAGGUCUUACUGUGUAAGAUGGAGCAUAGUCAAUAAUUUAGUCUGUGGUUAUUUGGAAGUGCCUUUGUACAAGAAAGCCAGUUUGCCCUGAUUAGAUUGUGUGUAUUUAUGAGGUUUUGCACAAAUGAUUCAGCAGAUAUGUGAUAACGACCAACUGUCGGUUUGCUGAUGAGUCAUACAUUAAGCUGACAUCCUUGUAAAAAAUCACCUGCAUUUUUUAAAAAUAUGUCUAAAUAUACAGGCAUAUUGGUUUGAUGAUAUCAUGCUGGAGUGAUAUUCUGAAAUCCACUGAAUUUUAAUAUGCUGAAUCAAGCCCACAUACCAAGAAUAAUUUGCACGUUGGUCAAUUGCGUCCUAAUGACUGGCUCUUUACUUAGAAAUGUAUUUACAGUCACAAUAACACCCACCGUGACAGGCAUGUUUCCAAGCUAAACCACUUCCUGAAGAUUAGUUUGCUGAAUUUAUUUACUAGGGCUUGUUAAUGGGAUAUAAACAUACAGGUAGGCUGUGAAUGAGUCAGGAGCUGAUUUAUUGACUUGAUUUUCAGGUCUUCCAGAGAGAAUAGGGUGUGUUAAAAACAGUACUGUAUACAGCACACAGAAUGCAACUACAUGCAGAUAUUUGGGAUGCUUGUUCCGUUAUGUUUUGUACUAUGUAUAAUCUUUUUAAAUGCUUAUUUUAGCUGUUUUAUAUGGCUACAGUAUUACAGCCCUAAUAUCGGUGUCUAUCUUAUAAAACAAUACAAAAAAAAAAUGCUGUGUAUGAAUUUACAUGUUAUGCAAUAAAAAUAAAUAUAUAUA